AACAUCAGACAGUACAACGGUCUGUAAUGAAAUUGUUUAUCAUUCUAUCCGUGGUGGCGUGCAGCUAUGCCGCUAAACUGGACCGAACUUACCUACCUCCGGCGAGCGCUUCGACCGCAGGAGGCAGCCCUGGCUCGAUAACCGCCCCAGGAGCUUCUGGGCAACUAACUGGGCCUUCAGGGCUUGGCCAGCCUACUGGUCAAUCGGGAAUCGGUCAGCCUUCAGGAUCACCUUUCGGUCAACUUUCGUCAUCAACUGGCUUUGGCCAACCUAGUGGAUCAGCUGCUUUUGGUCAGCUAUCUGGAUCAGCUGGACUUGGUAAAAUAAAUGGAAAUGCUGGAAUUAGUGAACCAUCUGCGCCAUCUGGCUUCGGUCAGACACCCGGAAUGUCUGGAUUCGGUCAACAAUCAGGACAGUCGGGACCAUCACAACCUAUAGGACAAGCCAGUUUUGGUCAAACCCCAUUCCCGAAAUCUUCCUCGCCAUCUUUCAGCCAAUUCGUUGCUGCUGCUCUCGAAGGAAAUAACCAACAGUCGGGACCUUCAUCAGUUUCAGCUCCAUCGGCAAACUAUGGACAAGCAAUCGGAUCUACAAACUUCGGCAAGAUCUCUCCAUCUUUUGGCGCUUCAGCGCAGCCAAAUCAAGAAACUCAAAGUUUCGGUCAAGCCCCGAUUUUCGGACAAGAUGCUCAGGUCUACCAACCUGAACGUGCCCGUGCUUCUAUUGACAGAGGCGCCGAGAUCCUCAGAUACGACAAUCAAAACGACGGCGAAACUUUCGCAUAUGCCUUUGAAACCUCAAACGGUAUUUCUGCUGAAGAAUCUGGGGUUGCUACCAACGGCGUUCAAGCACAAGGCUCUUUCUCGUAUACUGACGAUGAUGGUCAGCAGAUUCGUAUAACUUAUACUGCUGAUGAAAAUGGCUACCAACCUCAAGGUGAUCAUUUGCCGACUCCUCCACCCAUUCCGGAAGAAAUCCUAAGAUCCAUUGAAGAAAAUGCCAGGGCUGCUGCAGCUGGGACCCAAGAAGGGGCUUACAAUCCGAAUGAAGACGUCGCCAUCGUUCCGCAACAGUAUAACAACGGAGGAGUGCCAUCUUACCCGGGUGCAACUACAUACCAAGGUGCAGCUCAGGGACCACAGCAAUCCAAUGGUCCGUUUGGCUCCUCAAAACCAGCAGGAGCUUUAGGACAAGCUGGAUCUAAUCAGCCUAAUCGUUACACUGCUAAUUCCGAGCUAAACAAUCAGGUUGGUGAUACUGGAUAUGAUUACAACAAGCCCCAAGGAUCUACUGGACGCACUGGAUCUUCUGAACAACCUUCAGGACAAUACAACAGCGCUGCUAGCCCUAAUUCUCAAUCAGGCCCUGCUAAAAGACCUGGACAGUACAGUCCUGUUACUUCACCUAAUUCACAGGGAAAUUCUCCCUUCCUCGGUUCUCAAGGAUCGAGUUCGCCAUUCGGAGGUAAUCCUUCUCAAAUCAACGGUUUCUCUAAAUCGUCCCCAUCAAGUUUCGGUACGGGUCCUAACCAGCCUUCUGCGCAAGGUUUUGGACCAUCCAAAAGUGCUUCUUCUCAAUAUAACGGUUUCUCCGGACCACAAUCGUCCCCAACUAAUUUCGGGUCAGGCCUCAACCAACCAUCAGGGCAAGGACUAGGACCAUCGAAACCUGGCUUUACUAAUCAACCCCAAGGAUAUUCACCAGCUAGUUCUAGUCAACCAUCCGGUCCUCAAGGACUUGGCCAGAGUGGAUUACCUGGACCCAAAUCCAUGCAGAUCCAAUCAGCUCCUUAUCAAUAUAACCGCCCCUCUGACAGAGGUGCUCAGGUUGAUGGAAGACCAGGUACCCAACAGCCUGGACUUAGUUCCUCUCCCUCGGGAGGUUUAGGGUCUCCUCGUCAACCUCCCAGCUUCUCUUCCGAAGAAGGUUAUAAGUACUAA